AUGGGAAUCCAGCGGUUGUUACAAGAUCUUCUCCCUUACGCUGAACGAGUUGUUCUCGGCGCCUCGCCUCGGUCGGCCACAGAGACAACCCACGUUGAAGCCUUGAUAGUGGACGGGCCUUCGCUUGUGUACUUUGUAUAUAACAGGCUGCUGGCAUACCAUUGUCUCAAUUGUCUCACUUCUUUUGCUCUACCACCGACUUACGACGAAAUCAACCAAGGAGUCCGUCAGGUUCUGGACGAUCUUCAGAUCCAUGGCAUCACCAUCGCACACAUCUUCUUCGAUGGGGGCUUGCCCAACUCUAAACGGGAGAUUCGUCUCGAUCGAAUGGAGAAGGUGCGCCAACAACUUGAUGUCUUUCGAAGAGCCCACGCAGACUUCCCACCCUUUUCAGCUUCUUCCUCUGGAGUGCGGGAUUUCGAGAAAGCGCUUUGGGAAACCUCCGGGAUUUCGACGAGAAGGUCGACUCUACCAGCUCCACCGUUCAUGGUGGCAAGUGUCAUCGAGGCGCUGAGCGCCACUGACCGCCCAUGGUCAAGGCGCGUCCAUAUUGUUCCUGGUGAGGCAGAUCUGUAUUGUGCCCGGGCAGCUCAAGCCUCCACAGCGAAAGUAGCAAUUCUCACCAACGACGCGGAUCUGGCAGUCCAUGAGCUGGGCGAGAGAGGCUGCAUGGCUCUGCUGCAUUCACUCGAGAAGAGGCAGCGGAGGUCUGCGACGAAGGGCUUAGAGUACACAGUCCUUUGUCUGGACCCGGCACACACUGCGUCGAGGAUGGAUGUCGACUCUCUCUUUGCAUUUGGGUUUGAGCGCUUUCUCGACUCCAGCGUCUCCACCGCGGUCAUUCGAGAGCGGGCCAGGGAGCCCUCGAGCCUGGACAGAAUGAAGAGCGAGUACAAUACAUUUCUAGAGGAGUUCCUACCGUCGAUGCCCGCCGACACUCAGCUCAAACUAGAGGGUCUCGAUCCCCGGACCGCAGAGCUGAUUGUCGGGCUAGACGACUCGCCUCACCUAUAUUUGACUCCAAUCUUCGAAGACCCACAACGCGACUCAUCAUGGUUAUAUGGAGCAGAUAUUCGACAGCUCGGGUACACCCUUCUACUGUCCUCGACAAGGUCAAGAAACGAGACACCGAGACAGCCUGCCGCUCCUGUCACGGAAUAUGCCAGAAAAGGACAGCGGAUCGCAUCUGCCACCGUGACGGGUCUCAAGCCAGCCGAUACCAUUCCUCGGAUGGCUGAACUGGAAGCCCUUCUCGCCAUAUAUGUCCCACCCUCCUCUCCAGGCACGGCAGUCAGUGACACGACAGCACUGCCAGCAUGGUACGCCCUUGCCAUUUGCCUGGUACACCAAGAAAAGGUCAGACUCGGCAAGUCAUUCAUAACUUUAGCACAAGUUGUGCGUCUUUUCGGGCUGCCUCAGACGCCUGCCUUCCCCUUCAAAACUCCUCCGAGAAUAUCUUGGGAGGACGUUCACCUCCUAGCAAAUACCCAGGCGGUGCUCUACUCUCUCCGAAUGCUCUACCAAAUUACAAGGUACAUCAUGAACCAACUGCAGGACCCUUCUGAGUCUGCAGCUAUGGCUUCUUCGGAUUCUGGCAAUGUCGAAGAACUGUCGACGGGAAUAGCAACUCUUCAUAGCACGCUGUCGAAUAUGCCUCCCAUAGCAGACCUCUUUCUCGACAUACCUCACUUGCGUUCGAAACUGAGUGAAGGAGAUAUCGAGACACGAAACUUGACGAUCCAGCGUCUGAGAGCCGUGCUUGAGCCGACAGGCCAAGCUGAACCCGGGAUCCGAGAAGUGCUAUAUGACGAGGGAUAUCAAGACACCAGUACUGAUCAUGCCGAAGCGGUGUGGGUAUCAGCUAAGCCGAAGAGGAAGAAGAGGAAAGGGGGACGACAGCUUGAAACACAGAUCAUCCCGACCAAGACCACGAAUAUCUUCAGGCUGUUAUCAGACGAUCCGGGCUAA